AUGGCGCAAGCUGCAGGGGACGGGGUUGCCAAGGCGCGUGUUGACCCUCUGAGACCCAGGGUCAAAUCCGUGGCGUCGCUGCUACAGGCUGGCACUGGAGGGCGCACCCAGCGGUCGGCGCUGUCAGCGUACCGCAGCGGAGCAGAGGACAAGUACUACCUAGGAUUCGAUUUCGGCACGUCUGGCGCCAGGGCGAAACUCAUUGAUGAUGCAGGAAACGUUGUCAUCGACAAGAAAUGCGGUUACGAUUCCAAGCACGAUCGGUUGGAUGCACAAUGGGAAAGGGCACUGGACAGCCUGUUGGAACAAAUGCCAGAAUCUGUUCUGGGACGUGUGAGCGCCCUUGCAUUUGAUGGAACGUCGGCAACAACCAUGCUCAUUGAUCGAGGCACAGGGGAAGUGCUGGAACAACCAAAGUUGUACAAUGAGGGCCAGGGCCUACCUGCCCAGGAGCGGGCAAAGGAAAUGUGUCCUGUGGGCCAUGCUGCACGUGCCUCCACCUCGUCGUUGUGCAAACUACUGCAGUGGGACUUUGAAGGGGCAUGGCAGAGGGCAGAGUCAGAAGGGCAUGUCCCAGGCAUCUUGCACCAGGCUGACUGGCUUGCAGCUCAGUUUCAUGGUGACUGGAGCUGUACGGACUACACCAACUCUCUGAAACUGGGCUUCGAUCCUGGUGCCGAGCAGUAUCCCCAGUGGCUUGCCUCACAGGGUUAG